CGCAACCAGACCGGUUUCUCGUUGUUCUAAUGCUCCUGUGGCGUAUCUGGCGAUCCCGGAACUGGGUAGUUUUUUAGGGUAUACAAUUUGGUAUUCCGGCUUUAAUGCGCCAAUUUACCCAACAGUACAACAAAUGGAUUCCAUAGCCUAGGGAUCGGGAUGGUCGGCCUCAGUGUUCGAUUCCCCGGGCCAUGGCCUUGGUUAACCCGUUUGAGGUGGUUUGUCAAUGGGAUGGGGUGACAAAAGCUGGCUCUCAUUCGCUUGGUGGGAUGGUUAUCAGUUAGCGGUCUGGGGGUGUUAUCCGGGUUUUAGGGAUUCAGCUGCUUGAUAUGGACGAUCCAAUGACGGUAGAGCUGCUUGUUCUCAGGGAGGCUGUCCUUUGGUGUCUUAGCCUGGGGUUCCAUACAAUCUGCUUUGAGGGUGAUGCGAAGGUUGUGAUCGAUAAGAUCAACCGGUCUGAUACAAGGGAUGGAAGGGUGGGGGCGUUGCUGCAUGAGGUGGUGUCUUAUUUCAAUCUCCAUGAUGGACUUAGUGUGCGAUUUGUUGGCUGUAGGAACAAUAGGGUAGCCCAUGUGGUGGCUAGAAAGGCCCUGUCAUUGUACCCGACUUCAUGUCGAUCUUUUGAUUUUAUUGCCUGACUAAAUUCCAGGAUGUAACUAUCUUUUUCGAUUAAUAUAUGAUUAUCUAUUGUAAAAAAAUCCUCUAAAAACAAGAGAACUUUUGCAUUGCAAAUACAUGAGUACCAAUACCAUUCAUCAUCCGCACAAACUAGAUAGACACAGGCACACAGCGAGCAAACUAGUAAUGCCGCCCUCAUCUCUACUCUUACCAAAACAUAACAACGUAAAAACAAAUAGGCAAAAUACAACUGUAUAUCCAUAACUAUCACGUUUGUGACAAAUGUAUCCACAACUAUCGAAAUACACGAAAUAUCCAACAAUCAGAAGGUUGUGUGACAAAUCUAUCCACUUCCGUCUGAAACUAUAACGGUGUUAGUGACGCCGUUAAUUAUUGUGACGGAAUGCUGACUAGGAUCCAAAUCAUCGUCCACGUCAGCAACAAAUCAGCAUAAUAUUAGAGUUAAAUGACACGUCAGAAAUUAAUUAAUAAAAAAUAAAAAAUUAAAAUUUUUUCGGCGAUCAACACCAUAUUUCCGGCCACGCUAUCCCGACGCCGAGCUUCGUUACCAAGCGGCCAAAUCCCAACGACGAGCUUUGUUUCCUCCUCUAGCUUCCUCUCACGCUCUCGUCGCCGACAUCGAUCUUGGUCUUUUGCUUUCGCAAUCGACGAUCUGGGCUUGCCCACUUGCUCAAUCGACUCUCUGUUUCUUUCUCAGAAGGAAACCAAUCCCACCGCCGUUUUGAAAACCCCCAAAUCGAAGCAAGCAUAGGAUUGGAAAACCCCCAAAUCGCAUCAAGCAGAGGAUGACAAAACCCCCCACAUCGACCGCGGAUGGAAGAAGACCUGGCGGCGUCCUCACUCAGCCGACUCGAUUCAUAGUGAACUCGCUGAGAUGUCCAACCUCGAAGCCUUCACAGAGUCCUUCGGCGGCUGCUUCAAAGGGAAGUUCCUGUCUCAAUAUCUCUCCUAGCGACGUCGAGCUCCUCAACGACCGGUUGACCACUAAAGAUGAGGCUAGUGUAGAUCGACUGAGGGCAAGGACAGCCGCUGCGGCGGAUUCAGCUUCACCACAGAAACCCAAAUUCGACCUCCGAGCCUAAGAGUUCGAUUUGAACGAAUCGGCAUCGAGCUUCAGCCUUCAACUACGAUUCAACCUCCGAGCUUCAGCGAGAAACCCAGAUUCGAGCUCCGAGUCUCCAAGUUUGAUUCGAAUGGAAUCAUUUCCAACUUCGAUUGACUUCUAAGCUUCAACCCAAAAACCCAGAUUCAAUAGAGGCGUUUGUGUUGGUACUUGGAGGCGAUUACGUACGUGAACGACAUGGCAAAAGGGGUGGGAUAAGUGAGAUGCGCCGCCGAAAAUCCAACUUCUUCUGCAUCAUCGGACACAGCGAGGCAAUAGAGAGAGAUCGAAGAUGGGGCUUUGAGGAAGAAAAGGAGAGAGGUGGGAAGACGAUGGGAAGAGGAAAAGAAGGAUUUCAUCGUUUUAUUUUUUUCAUUAUCCACGUGUAAUGGUGGGGCCAAAUAUCGCCGACUCAGCCCAUUCCGUCAAUCCAGUCAGACUGUUAAUUGACGUCGUUAGAGCAUUAGACGGAAUUGGAUAUUUCGUGUAUUUCAAUAGUUGUGGAUAUAUUUGUCACAAACGUGAUAGUUGUGGAUAUACAACGGUUUUUCCAAACAAAUAAACCAAGAGAAAUUAUUGGCUACACCGGGAGUACCACGUGGUAUUGGUGAUGUGGUACUCCCGGCCAAUAACCACUCGACACAUGUCCGUUUAACUUCAUUAAAGCAUUUUUCUAUGGAGACGUUUUAAUUGGGAUUUAAAAUUUUCUUUUGUGUUAAUUACCUUUAAUAAACAACCACCAAACUUCGAGACCCCUUUUCCGGCCCGUCAAUUUUUUGUUUUGGGAGGAAGAAAAGGGUCGCCAGAAGCAUCAUCGAUGGUGAUUUUGGGUUGACGAUGAAUUUGGGUUGGAUAUCAUCGCGUCGCGGACACCGAUUCAGAUCUAAUUGUGCCUGGGGGACUGGACCAAAGUCUUCCCGGCGGCGGGGAGGAAGAGGUCUUCAACCUCCAUUGGGUUUGAGAUCAUGGCGUGGUGGAGACACCGAUCUGAAUCUCAUCGUGCUCGAGACUGGACCAAAGUCUUUCCGGCGGUGGCUUCUCGGCGGUAGGGAGAACGAAGGAGGAGGCGAAAAGAGGGGCGAUCUUCCCGGCGGUGGCUUCUCGACAGUGGCUGGGAGGAAGAGGACUUCAAUCUCCGUUCGGUUGGAUGAUAUCAUGGCGGAGACACCGAUAAAGGGGCAGUUUUCCC